GCAUAUUUGUUCUAAAUUUAUCAUUAUUGUGCUUAAUUGCUCCAAAUGAAAGUUGAGGAGUUUAUUUUCUCUCUAACAUAUAGUUCAAGGAUAUAUUUAUACCUUCUCGCUUUUAGAAAUUGAUAAAGAAAUGACUAAUUACAGAGAUCCAAACUUCUCUCCUUUGUCAUUCCUUCUUCAUCACUAAAUCUAUUCCAUUUCUCCAUUGUUCCUCCAUUGGCUGCCUACCUACGCCUUCAGCGGCAGGCAGUCUCCUUCGUGUUGCCACCAUCACCGGACCAUCACCGCCUCGUCACCACUGUCGCCAAGCAAUCAUUGUUGUGUUGCCACUCGCCAUAAUCGCCAUCGACCAGAUCUGUUCCCGGCCCUCCAUCUCCAUCAAUUAGGUUCGUCGCUCUAGCUUCUUCUCCUUUCAUCUUCUUCUCCUUCGUCGAUCGUCGACUCCUGUUAGGGUUCUGAAUGGCGUGGCUGCGUGGCUGGAUCUGUGCUUCACGGCAAUGGUUCGCGACAUAGGUGCCGAUGAAGGCGACAAUCAAGGUUUGAGAUGGAUCUAGUGAAUGCGGCGGUCGUACGCUUCGGUUAGUGUUUGAGAUCCGAUGUCGUUGGAUACGGUUGCCUCGAGUGAUAGGCAGUGGUUGCAUGGUGGUGGGGUGGCCAUCACAGGGUUGGGGAAGGGUGUGGUGUUUAACAACGACUGUGGAGGAGCUGGGGCCCGGGGGAUCGGAAAGGGACCAGUAGACUUGGGAGGGGGGCUGGGGAGGGGGCUGAUGUGGUCACUUUUAAGGAGACGACUGUCAGCGACACCGAUUGCCACGUGUGAAGAGGUUGAGUGCAGGUGUGGGGAGGCGACAGUGGCAGUGGCGUCAGGGUGGCGGCCAUAUUUGAUUGAAAUUUACGUUUCCGGCAAUCACACUUAGGGGUGGUUCGGUACGGUAUACCGAAGAUUUUAUCUCAUACCUUUACCAUACCGUAAACUUUCGAUAUGCAAAAAUACAUAUCGUUACCAUACCUAAAUUUCGGUAUACCAAAAUUUCGGUACGGUAAGCUACGGUAUCGGUAAAUUAUCAUGAUUUAAUAUCAAAUUAUUAUAUAUCAAAUGAAAUAUAGAAAAUCAGUGUUAAUAGUGAUAUACUAAAAUUAUUAAUGAAAUUAAUUAUAAAAUGUCAAUGAUAACCUAUUUGUGUUCUAUUCAACUUUGAACAAAAAAAUAUUAUAAAUAUGUACGGAUACUUCAACACAUAAUAUAUGAAGAUAACAACACAUUCUGCUAAAAUAAUAAUUUAAACAACAUAAAUAUAUUUGAAAUAACACCAAUUUCCAACAAAAAGUAUAAAUAAUUCAAGAAACAUGGAUAUAAAGUCAUUAUCCUUGAAUUAAUGUUGUGUUUCAAGUUAUUUUUAUAAUUUUAAAGAAAUUAUUGGCUUGGAAUUACGGUAUGACGGUAUAACGGUAUACCGUUUAUUUCCAAAAUAUAUACCGAUACCAUACCGAAGUAAUUCGGUUCGGUAUCAUACCGUACCAAAAGUGUCGGUAUACCAAACACUUCGGUAAAUUCGAUAUUUUUCGAUAUGGUAAGUCCGGUAUACCGAAAUUUCGGUAUUUUUUCCCACCCCUAAUCACACUGACAUCGACGACAAAUAUGUUACUAUGGAGGCGUCACUGUGGCCGGCAACUGUGAUCUGCGACAGAGAUGUCACUGUGGCCAGAGGUUGGGGCAGAGUUGUCACUGAGGAGAUGUCAUUGCGAAGAUGUCACUGUGGUGGCAGUACGGGCGGCGGAGGUGACACGGUCAGUGGCGGCAUCUGACAGUGACAUGGAAAUGAGGCAUUUAAAUGAAUAUUUGGCAGUCACUUUGUAUUUCUUCAAAUAUACUUUUUAGUCUUAUUUAUGUCCAAAUAUAAAUGUUGUUACUUUUUUUAUAUAGAAAUUAGCCUUACUUUAAUAAUAUUUCGGGGGAAUUCUCCAAUAAACACAUUCCCAAUUCACAUUUCGAGUCGCUGUUACUUACCUCUCAACUAAAUACACUGCGUCUGAACUCGACCUCUACGAUCGAGCCCUAGGUGCUGUUCUGUUCGUCUUAUUCUUAUUACUUAUUGUUUAUUCUUAUUUUAUUCGGAUUAGAUCAGAUAAAAAAAAUUCAGAUCAGAUAAAAAAGAUUCAGAUCAGAUCAGAAUCAUUCAGACCAGAUCAGAAAGAUUCAGAUCAGAUCAGAUCAGAAAAUUUCAAACAUGAUUUAUCACUUUUAUUCUUAUAAAAUAAUAAUAAUAAUAAUAAUAAUAAUAAUUAAUAUUAUGAUUAUUAUUGAGGUG